AUGCACAACAUAAUAACUGAUGAGCUACUACCUGAUUCCAGCAAGUAUCAAAGACUAUUAGGGAAGCUUCUUUAUCUGACUGUCACAAGACCAGACAUAGCCUUCAGUGUACAGAUACUGAGUCAGUUCAUGCAAAAACCCAAAAGAUCUCAUAUGGAGGCUGCACAGAGAGAAGUCAGAUAUGUGAAGAACCAGCCUGGACAAGAUAUUGGAAUACCUGUUGCUCUUCCUGUAACCAUUCACGCUGAUAGUAAAACAACAAUUCAGAUAGCUGCAAAUCCAGUAUUCCAUGAACGUACCAAACAUAUUGAGAUUGAUUGUCAUUUUAUAAGAGAGAAAAUACAAAAUGAACUGGUGAAGACAGAGUAUGUGGCCACAAAGGAACAACUUGCAGAUGUUCAAACAAAAGGCUUGACUAGAGUACAUCAUGAGUACUUGAUGUCCAAGCUAGGUGUUCUUGAUAUUUUUAUAUCACCUAGCCUGAGGGGGAGUGUUGAGGAAAGAGGAGUGACUUAA